UUGAACGCAGCUGUAAGCCUAUUUAAUAAAUGGUGUCAUUUGCUUUGCGUCGCAGUCAAUUUGAGUCAAUACGAACGAGAAAUAUAAUUAAGGGCUAUUGACCACAAUACGAAAGUGAUAUGAAGGCAAUAACUUAGGUCGGACAUUGAAACAAACUGCCUUUUAGAGUUCAUUGACUCGAUGAAAAUUGUCAAUAGCAAUAUUAAAAUGUGCUCGGCCAGCUUGCUUGCGGAUCUGCGCAGGGGAUUCAUUCAUAAAACAUGCGCAGAACACUGCAUUGCUACAAAAUCAACUUCACUCUGUAAUCGUUCGGGAUAGGUAUCGGCUAUAUUUUCAUUAAUAUUUAAAUUAGUAUAUUAGUGAUGCCGUUGCGCUAAUUCGUGACAAACGGGUUUCUUGUAGUGUGCAAUUAAAGUGAAAAUGCUUAGAUGAUCUUCAUGAUUCUCAUAAACACUGGUUUUUAUUGUGUAGCCAGACGGCUCGUUAUUCAGUGAAGAAUCCCAGCAUGGACAACGAACAGCCCCACCAGGAGCUGGUGAAGUGCGUGGUGGUAGGCGACACGGCGGUGGGCAAGACUCGGCUGAUAUGCGCGCGCGCAUGCAACAAGCAUGUCUCGCUGUCGCAGCUGAUGACCACGCAUGUGCCCACCGUGUGGGCGAUCGACCAGUACCGCAUCUAUAAAGACGUUUUGGAGCGUUCAUGGGAAGUUGUGGAUGGGGUCAAUGUGUCCCUCAGACUAUGGGACACAUUCGGAGACCAUGAAAAGGACAGAAGAUUUGCUUAUGGAAGGUCGGACGUUGUCCUGCUGUGUUUUUCCAUCACAAAUCCAAUAUCUCUGAGGAACUGUGGCGCCAUGUGGUAUCCAGAGAUUAGACGCUUCUGUCCAAACACGCCGAUAUUACUCGUCGGAUGUAAGAACGAUCUCCGCUACAUGUACCGAGACGAGACCUACUUGAACUACUGUAAAGAUAGAAGCCCUUUUAUCAGGGCUCCAAGAAAAAGUGACCUAGUAAUGCCGGACCAAGGGCGGGCCUUGGCCCACGAGUUGGGCAUAUACUAUUACGAGACGUCCGUGUUCACUUACUACGGAGUGAACGAGGUGUUCGAGAAUGCCAUCCGAGCGGCGCUGAUAGCGAGGCGGCAGCAGCGCUUCUGGAUGACCAACCUGAAGAGAGUGCAGAGACCUCUUUUACAGGCUCCAUUCAGACCUCCCAGGCCUUUAGAGCCAGAAGUUGUUAUCGUGAACAGCGUGUUUUUGGAAAAUAUGACAACUUUAUUACGACAACAGUACUUCUCGGACAUGGUAAUAAUAUGCGGCGCAAAGGGAUUCCCGGUGCACCGAUUUGUAAUGGCGGCCGCGUGCGAGGCGUUCCACCGUUUGCUGACGACCGACUGUGUCAGCUUGUCCGCGGAACUUGCGAGAAGCUCCAGUGAAAGUAGUAUGGUCAGCAGUAUGGGAGAGGCUACUGCAGGGGAAUUUAACGAAGACACUGAAUACUUAAUUCGACAAGAUCAAGCGAAACAAAUGAGAGUGUGGGAUCAGAUAAAACGCCGCUCGUCGUGUCAAAUCCUACCUAUCAGUGACAGUUGCAAACGACCGCCCGACUUGUACAGAGAAGUGAACCACCCAGCCAUCAUCUCUAUCAGAGUUGUUAAGUGCGAAAAAAUCCAGCACGCAACAUCGCAAACUCAGACAAUUGUUACUAUGAGCAAGCUCAUAUCGCAAACUGUCAUGCAAGAGAUCAUAAACUUCGUCUACACCGGCGUGAUGGACAACACGGCCUUCAAACAACAGUCCGCUGCUAUCGGAAUACUACUGGAAAUACGCCAAGCUGCCGAGCUGUUGGGCUUCCACGAGCUGACGAAGUUGAGCCAGUUCAUAUUGGACCAACAUUUGCUCUUCGAUAAAGGGUUCAUGCAUCAAUUUCAUACGCCGCUGCCACAAAGGAUGCGCGACAUUUGCGUGGAACAGAAUCUGUUUGCGGACGUGACGUUCGACCUCGACGACGGCAUUCACCUGGCGCACCGCUCCAUGCUGAUGGCGCGCUGUGACCCCAUGAAGGCGAUGUUUCAAGGACAUUUUAGGGAGAGCACUUCGAGAGUGAUCGCAUUCCCGGGCGUGAAAAUGUACGCUUUUCACAUCCUCCUGUGCUAUAUUUACUCGGACAAGGUGCCCACUGUGGAACCCACUCGUUGUUUGGAGCUGCUGGAGUUGGCCAAUAGACUAUGCAUGAACAGACUGGUCAACCUGGUGGAAGCCAGGGUCAUAGAUACACUGCAGCAUCAGGACAGAGUUGGCGAGGACGACCAGGUUGUAGAAAUAGCCCUGUCAUUGUUGGAGCCUGUGAAGUUACACAAUGCGCACAACCUGUCAGAGUGGUGCACGUGGCGUCUAUGCGGCGCGUACGACCGCGUGUGUCGCGCCAAGCACCUCAGCGCUGCCUCCAGGGAGUACCUCGCCGACAACCGCUGGCCGCCCGUGUGGUACGUGAAAGAGUUCGACUAUUACCAGAAGUGUGUAACGGAGCAGUCGAAGGAUCAAAAGGAGAUCCGGCCGACGACGUCUCUCCAGGCCAACCAACAGACUGGUUGUCUAUGUUUUACUAGCAAAGGUCGCAGGGAAAGCGGCGCUGUGCCCGACGCUACGACCGCACUGUGCCGCACCGAGCCGCAGCAGGCGCCGCUCUGACAUCUGCCUUACUGGAGAUCGCUCCGUUUCGCGGUUCUCCUGCCAGUGUCUCUGUGCUUCAUGAGCACUUUGCUCACCAUUCUCAUACUGUUUCAGGUGUACACAUAAACUUUGUACUACAAUUAACAUCGCGGUAAUGCACAAAAUGGUAUAAAGUCGAUUGGAUUGCGUUUUUGAGAUCUGUAAACCCUUUUUGAGGCGUUGAGGUUAUGGCCUGUAUCAAUUGACGUUCCUCAAAAAUUAUUGAGAUCAUAUUUGUGAUGUAUAUUUGUAUGGCGAAUAACGUCUAUUGAUACGGAGCCACGUUAUGGAUGUCUGGGCAUUGAAAUGUUUGGAACGGUCUACGUUGGACCGUUGAUUUGAUAACGGAGUCUUGAAAUGUUUGGAAUUACUUUUAACUUUUACUUAACUUUUAUUUAUCCCCUUUUAAUAUUUACCCUGGAAAUUUGCCCUAUACCCUAUUACCCUAUAAUUAUAAUUUUUAGAUGAUACACCAUACUUUUCCAUACACUAUUAUUCUCAAUCAAUUAAUUAUUUUAUUUUUUUGAAAUUACCUAAUUUUAUGUAUGUCAAGUUUGUUGUAGUCCAAACGUAAUGGCAUUAGGUCGAUAUGUCCUGUAAAUGGUCGAUUAUGAUGGUAUUGGUAGUUGCCAAAAACUUGUAAAAUCGGUUCCUGGUAAUUGGAUUGCUAUUAAUUAACUUAGCAUAUAGGUGCGUAAUAUUGUAUUUCUAAUUUAUAGGUAAUUGUAUGAAUAUUAAGCGUAUAUGUGAGGGUGGAUAAAGAUUUCAAUUGUAGAUUAGCUGAUCCCUUUUCUAAGAAUACAAGUCAGCAAUACAAGAGAUGUUUGUCUUAUGUUAAACAAAUCUACUUCCCAGAUAUCGCAGUUGGGGCCGAAUAUUUAGUAGUUUAUACCAGGGAGUUAAAAUUGGUGUUUAUUUAGCUUUUGGGUCCUUUUAAGAUGAUUUAUUUCAUAAAUUGGCUCAUUUCUAGCGACUCGGAAUAUCAGUAAUUGAAAUCUUUGUCUAAUAUUUUUCAUGAUUUGUAACAACUUUUAAAACAGCUUUUACGAGACGAUGAAAACAUAUUUUGGCGUUAUUGCGUUAGUUACUUUUCUCUCUGGAGAAAAGAGAGGAAAGUAACCAAUAACUAUCGUAUUGACUUCACGCAACGAACAUCAAAGUAUGUUGGCAUUAUAAUAGUAUAAGCCUUAAGAUAUUUUUGUAAAGCUUGAUUAAAAAAUUGCGGCCAUAUAACUAAAAAUGCAUAUUGUUUAAAAAGUUUCUUGAUUAUGUACCUAUUUGGAUUUUGGUCCUUCCUGGGCACAGUUAGUUGAUUCAAUAAUGCCUCCAUUUAUGAAGUUACAGUCCACUUAUGUUGCGUUUAAAUACACGGUAUAGUACUUGUUGUGAAUUGACUGCUGCACAGUAGAACACAAUGUCUGUGUGAGUGAAAACACAGUACAAGUCAGGGAUCCGUAGAACAUUUUUUACAACUGAUUACUAUCAAUUAUUGGUGAGUAGUUUCAUCUCAAUUAGACGUUGAUUUUUUUUUAUUUUCGAAAAUUCUUGAUUCUGGUAGUUACCAGGAAAUCAAUUUCUAAGCGUCGUUCUACGGAUCCCUGAUUAUACUGUCUUGGUGUCAUACUGUUUAUGCGUUUCCCUUGCAUACCUCUAGGCAUGGCACGAGUUGCCGUAUUUUUCUGCUAUAAGUUACAAGCUUUUUGGACCUUGAGAUAACGAGAAAAUUUUGUCUGCAUAAAGCUCUUUCUUUUACACCAUCGAAAUAUGUGUGCUUCGAUGGUAAGAAAAGGAGAGUGAUAUGUGGGUACACAAAAUUUGUUGUUAUCUCUUGGCGUGCCUAACCGUGGCACGGCGAUUCUUUUUCUACGAUCGCAAACGCUUGGAAAAUUAAAAAAGUUAUAGAAAUGACAUUUGCUAGCGACAGGUCACGUGAUCAAGUUGUUGAUCGCAUCUGUCACCGUUUAUUGAACGAUGGAUUGAAUCGACUAAAUGCGUCCUGAAGUUUGUAUUACCGGUUGAUUUUAUUGGUUAAUUUCAAUUGAGUGAUUGAUUGAGCGGCUCAUUGAAUUUUGAAUGGCUCAUUGAAAAUUGAACCUUAUCGAAUGCUCGUACAGUGUAAAUUAGCUUGUGCUGUAUUUUGUAGGUAUAAUUGCAUACAACGUGCAAGUAUCGUUUGGCGAGUCAAAUGUAUACUAAUCUACACUAUGUUUAUUUAUAUAAUAUUUAUCUUGAAAUUGUAAUUAACUGUAUGAUAAUUUGAAAAUAUACAAUAAAUUCACAUAUUUUUCUACGGCACUUACCUAUUUGUAAAAUAAGUUCAGAGUUCGAGUUAAAGUUCACAAACGUGACGGUUAGGUACGUUAAUUUGUCAAUAUUUUUACUGUUUCUUUCAUUUUGACGGCCUUCGUGGCGCAGUGGAUUUCCAAGACGGAGGUUCUGGGUUCGAACCCCGGCUGGGCCGAUUGAGGUUUUCAUAAUUUGUGGGAGGCUUCCGAUUUAGCAUUUAGAUUUAGAGCGAUUUAGCAUUUCGGUGCGAUGUCAUGUAAAACGAAAGGGGUGGAUUUUCAUCACAGAACAGACACUAUUGCUUUUAGCAAUAGAAGUAGCAAGGGGGCGUGGCCCGCGUACACCCGGGUGUGCGGAACAUCGCAAGCCUGUCCGCGCAUGUACUGGCAGUCUUGUUUUGUUCUGUGACAAAAGGAAUAAAUAAUAUUCAACUCUAAAGUAAGGGUGACAUAUUUCAUUUUUUACUGAAUAUUAAACAGUCAUUUAGGCCACGCCCCCGGGUACGCUGGGUUCAAUACAAAGAAUUGGCACUUUAUAAAUCUAGUUACCUCUUAUAUCUGUGAUUUUCAUCCUACUCCUAACAAGUUAGCCCGCUUCCAUAUUAGAUUGCAUCAUCAGGUGAGAUUGUAGUCAAGGGCUAACUAAGGAAUAAGGAGUAAGGAAUAAAAAAAAUCGGUUGUCUAUAAAGUCGGUUUACUGACGAUAGUUGAACGUGAUAACGUCAUAAGAAAAUACUGAUGGAAUGGUUGCAUUUUUCAAAAGAAAAAGUUUCUUUUUUCUAAAAUACUGUUUAAUAAUCAUCAUAGACCAGUAUAUACUUUAUAUCAUGUAAAAAAAGUUUGCAACACUAGAGCGAGGGAUCGACGCAUGACGUCAUCUUUUUUCGAGUGUGCAGCCGGCUCCAUCGAAUUAUAAGACAUCACGUCAAAAAAUAUUUAUUGUCAGUUAUACAGGUCCUCAGCUGUGCAGCUCUCAGAAUGAGAGGGGUUAGGCCUUAAUCCACCACGCUGGCCCAAUGCAGAUUGGUAGACUUCACACACGCAGAGAAUUACGAAAAUUCUCUGGUAUGCAGGUUUCCUUCACCCUGAGACUAGUGAUAUUUAAUUUCUUAAAAUGCACACAACUGAAAAGUUCGAGGUGUAUGCCCCGGAUUCGAACCCACACCCUCCGAAAUUGGCGGCGCUAUCACGGCUCUAUCAACAAAAAAGUUUUGAAUCAUAGUUUUCAUAUCUUGAAGAACCGCGAUAUUGUAAAAAAAACUGAAUUCAAUCCUUUUUCAGGAUAGUGGAAUUCACAUGGGAAAUCUUGGUCGAGAAUUUGAAGUUAAGCUUUUCUAAGUCAUAUUCAAAAUUCAGUUGUAGUUAAAGCAACACUGGAUAACUAAAAUUUACUUGUCCAAAAGUCGUCGUUUCAAAUGGCAACUUAACAUACCUAACUGACUUGUCACGUUUGUCUAUUAUCAUUUGAAAAUUACUGGAAACUCUUUACAUUUAAUAUAAAACUAAAGUAAGCUCUUAAAAGAUUGCUUGAAAAUAAUCUCGCGCUUUAUUCAAAAUGUCACAAAUACUGUGGAAUUCUAAAGGAAUUUGCCAUAAGGCCAGCAUUUUUAAACACAAAUUAUAAACUAUUACCCAUUUUUCUAUGAAAUGUAAUGAAUAAAAUAUAAUAAUACUUAGAUCUAGUUUUUUUAUAAAACAAGGCAUGCUUGUAUUACGUAGGUAUAUAUUGUUUUGUAAAUAUUGAAAAUUUAUUUUCGUAGUUUGCUAUAAGCCGAAUUAAGUAUGUAGAUGUAAUAUGCUGUCCAUUUACAAUACUCCUAUUGGGGAAUGUCAAUAUCACAUAAAGGACAAAAAAAUAUGGUGAUACUGAGGGUAAAAUCACAUUUUGCCCUUUGGAAACAAAUCUUCUCUUGAUUUUAUGUAAGCGCAUUAAAUCUUUACUAUUUAAAACUAGCGGACCCGGUCAAGCUUCGCUUUGACUUAUGUACGCUUUUUCCCUACCCUUCCCUACCCCUACCUCUAUCCUACCCCCUUCCCUACCUCUAUCCUACCUUUGUGUAGCAAUUUUUAGCUUCCUACCUUGAAAACUGCGAAAAGUCCCAUAUAAAAUUUUACUCCCUCUUUUAAAGGUUUGGGGGCAGAUUAAAAAAAAUGAUGCAGUUUUUUUGUUAGUCACAAACAGUCUGCAUACUACUGCAUACAUGCAUAUUAUUAGCUCUCUGCCUUGGAAAUUGCGGAAUGCUCCAUACAAACUUCCACCAACCAUUUUAGGAAAGUGGGGUGACAGAAAUAGACAAAAAGUAGUCUAUGUCACUCUCCAUCCUUUCAACAAUCUACACCUAAAAAAUCAUGUCAAUUCGUCGCUUCGUUUUGCCGUGAAAGACGGACAAACAAAAAGACACACACACACUUUCACAUUUGUUAUUAUGGAAUUAUGGAUUAUGGACUGGGCCAAAAUUGAGGGCAAAUUUUAUUAUAAAAUCGACACUGUCCAAAGCUUGGGUUGUAUUUUCUCAUUAGGAACUUUGUAAAUGGACAAUGUCUAAGUAGUUUGUGCUGUGAUAGGUUAAUAUCAGAUCUGUGAUUAGAUAUGGUCAAACCAUGCAAUGGGUGUACCAAAGAAUUAUAUUUUUAGUCGGUUUAAACUUAAAGUUUAUCCUUAUUCAGGGAUACAUUUUUGCAUUUUAUUCAUCAGAGUGUGAGUAGACAUGGGUUGAGGCUUGGUAUUGCCUUUUUAUUGUGUUUGCAGUUUUUUGUGUAAGCCCAUGACUCUGCAUGUGACAUCAGUGACUUUAAUACGAAGGUGAAGGGGUGGUAUUCCCAGUAUCACCUCUAAAGCGGUUGUAGAUGUUGUGCCCAUGCUGCCUGUUAUGGCUAGACAUGCUUGCCUUUGGAACUUUUGUAGUUCUUACUGGAUUGUUGUUAAGAGUGUCCUAGGCCACUAGAUUAUUGAGGCUUAGGCCCCUGGACCUAACGUGUGAAACGAAAGAAUUGUACAAGUGAGAUUGAGUUUCUUUUGUGAGAAAUCUUUACCCCUCUUUAAGACUGGCGGUUAGCAAACUUAAUGUAAACCUUGCCCCUAACUCUUUCACCACAAUGUAAAAUUGGUAACUAAAGAAGUUUUUCGAGAUUUGUCGCUUGUUUGUGGGGCCCCCUAAUUCUGAUACAGGCCCCCUCCAAGGCACUGCCUCUCACUUUAUAAGACAGUAGAUUUGAGGUAAAGACACUUCAGUAAUGCAUGAUAGUGGGCUUUGGAUGAUAAUAGAGAUUAUGUAAUGAUUGCUUUCAUAUGUUAAUGCUUUCUGAAGCUUCGGUCUUAUAUUAAGAAUUACUUAGAUGAAAGAAAGAAAGUCAAUUGGUAUUUUAUAGAACGAGGACUUCAUGAUUUUAAGUCCCAUAGUUAGUAGAUGAACGAGGCAGAUGUAAGAGGGUUUUGCUCAAAGUUUUUAAUUAGGGUAGAGCAUUGGCGAAGGAUGGAAUUUAGAUGGAGUGUAAGCCAUCCCAAAGAAAAGGAAAUUCAUACAGCGUGAUACAGACUCAGAUUUAUGAUAUAUCUAGAUACAGUACAACAAUGAAUAUGCAUGGAUUUUUAAAGUUAACCGACGGAAAUCGGCUUGUAUGAACUCUUCCCGCUGGGGUAGACACUGUAUGGAGAAGCUGUACAAAAUGGAAAUUUUCUUCUAAUACAUUAAUUUAUUUUAAAUUGUUUUUUUUCAAUCCAGGUAUAUUUUUUCUGGUUUACUUUUAGCUGAAACCGACUAAAAAUAUUUAUAAUGCUUGAGAUUUGAAUGUUGAAUUUUUAUAGUUAGAAAUUUAGCUUACAAGCAUAUCUGUGUCUAAGUGGUAUUGUUUGUUUUUUAAUAAUAAUAUAUUUAUUAUAUUUGGCACAUAAAUAAAGAUUUUUAGUUUAACUUUCUAUUAUAAAUACCUGUAUUUUUCAUCAAUCAAAGUUAAAAAUGAUGAUUUUGCCUAGGCGACGUAGAUUUUGUAUAAUAUGAAAAUGUAAAAAAAUCAAAUUGAUAAUGAAAUCCCACUAUAAGUUUUGCUCACGCACAAUAGCGAACAUAGAUAAAAAAUCGUAGUGGAUAAUUAAUUUAUCGAUUUUUAGUACUUUAUAUUUGGGCAAAAAUUUUUAUAUUCAGGUGCCCGAAAUGGACUUCUCAUCAAAAAAAAUCGAAGCAGUCCGCAUUGCAUAUUCAGGCAAAAUGUUUCGAUUUUUUUGAUGACACGUAUAUAUUGCAGUGUAUUUGUUUAAUGAGUAAGCAACGUUAUAUAUAAAUUAUAUUAUUAUUUAACUAUAGUCAAUAUUUUUUGAUUUAAGAAUGGUAUUACUGUAUUUAAUUAGGAUAUUACGGUAUUAUUAGUCUUAAGAUUCGAAAUUAAAUAUAAAAAAUCACUAAAAUAAUCAGCAGGCGAUUCAAAUGGGUUUUGAAAUUUGUUUAACAUCACAAUAAUAAAAUAAAAAAUAGAUAAUUAUAUACCUGAUUAUGGAUUUAUUUAUAUAAUUUCAAGAUGAGGUUGAAAAUUUUACAUACCUCAGAAAAGGUUUGAAAGAAAAUCUUCUAAAUGUUUUGAAUUGUUAUUUUUGUCGUUAGAUGGCGCUGAUCGUUUUAACAUCACGUUAUAUGCCACAAUAACUGAGUCCUCUUUUGUGCGGUACAGGAGUGAAGGUCAUGAGGAUAAAGAGGAGGGGGUGACAAGCUUUUGGCCUCCGUGGCACAGUGGAUUUACACGAUGGAAGUCCUGGGUUCGAUCCCCAGCUGGGCCGAUUGAGGUUUUCUUAAUUGGUCCAGAUCUGGCUGAGUAAAGAGGACCAGACAAAAAUCGGUACGAUGUCUUGUAGAAACCGAAAGUGGUGUGGAUUUUCAUCUUCCUCCUAACAAGUUAGUCUGCUUCCAUCUUAGAUUGCAUCAUCACUUAUCAUCAGGUGAGAUUGUAGUCAAUUUGUAAAGAAUAAAAAAAAAUCUCUCACUCCCUCACUUUAUAGUCAUACCAAGCAUUCGUGUACCAGACAAGCGAAGACUGAGUCCAAGUUACUUAUUGAUUUAUCUAAGCACGUUUCAAUCGCCAUUUUGAAUCGCUGAGAUAGAAAAAAAUAGUAUUGAUAAAUUUAUUUUUGUAUUAUUUAGUAAUAGCACACCGAGCUGUAUGAAAUUUUCGCUGACAACAUUUAAAAUAGACGCGUGUUUAGGACUACUUAGUGAAUCUCUUCGACAUUUCAAAUUGUGUACAAAAAUGUUCCCCCUUCAUAUAAUAUAUUCAGAGGCACAAUUAUCCGCCCACUUUAAUAUGACAGAAUACAUUAAGGUGGGCGGAUAAUUGUGCCUCUGAGUAUACAAUAAAUAGCGUUGCACAUUAUUGCAGCACGCGACUUAAACCUUUGGUGCACUUAAAAUCGAGCUAUAUUUGCUGAUUUUUUUUUAAAUUAUUCGGACUAUAAACAAACCUCAUGACUGAGUCGUCUUCGUGGUACAGGGGUUCAGCUAGAGUGAGACCCUCACAAAGAAUAGCAACCCUCUGUCAUCAUUACAUACAUACACACACUUAAACUAGACUGGGCACACAAGAUAUUGGGGCCCUUUUAUAAAAAUUAAAUACCUCUUAUCAAGACCUUUCAUUUGACGUAUCUCACGAUGAAGUUUGUAAAAGUUUUUUUUUCAACUUUCCAUCUUCCCCCCCUCGCAGUGCAGUAGUAUGCGCGGUUGAUUUACGAGAUUGGGUUUUCUUAAUUGAUCCAGGUCUGGUUGGUGGGAGGGAGGCUUCGGCCGUGGCUACUUACCACCCUACCGACAAAGACGUACCGCCAAGCGAUUUAGCGGAUUUCAUCCUACUCCUAACAAGUUAGCCCGCUUCCAUCUUAGAUUGCAUCAUCACUUACCAUUAAGUGAGAUUGUAGUCAAGGGCUAACUUGUAGAAAAAAAAGAAAAGAUGACUUAGUUUUCUGGUUUGCUUAGAGUCACUUGGGAAGAAUAAAUAAAUUAAUAACGUGCACAUUACAUUUCAUUGAACUUUAAGGCAACCUAUCUGCGUAUAUAAAUGAAAAUCUGUACUAUUUUCUUACACUUUAUUGAAUAAAGACAGUACUGUUAUCUCAUUGACAGUGCACUGAAAUGCAGGGUUAUUAUUUAUACGAUAUUAUUUAGGACCUCUUAGACGAAACUAUCUCUAUUAUAAUCUUGGAAUACUGUAACUAUUACAACUGUUAGGUUAUAUAAACAUAAUGUCCCUAAUAUGUUAGUCAUUUUAAAAAUUAUAUACUAAGGUGCUUUAAAGUAAUUACAAAAAUGGAGAAAUUAAAAAAGUAUUUUUGCACAUUUGACUACCUCUACCUAGGCAGCACAAUAGUUUCCUGCUUAUUUCACUGAAAAAAAAUCCAGAUGACAGAAAAAUUAUUACACAUUUGCAAUGGAAUUUUCAUAAUUGCCCUAUGGCACUUUCAACGUAAAUGACACAAAAAUAAAAUUUUAGUGCUCAUAUUUUGUUAGUUUGUAUUUGUUUAUAAGUUUCGUUUGGGGGACAAAAAAUAUUGCUUCAAUUACUAGUAAAUAGAAUUCAUUGGACAGAUUUCAGACAGAUAUUUCUUAGGUUUUUAAAUAUUUAUAACUGUAAAUUGUGCUGUCACACCAAUGAUGAAAAAAAGAGGUAGAUAGGUUAUAUGCGGACUGCAAGUGGCACUUUAAAACUAUGCUAAUUAGCAAACCUCAGCUCAGUCGCCACACUGUCAUCGCGCCGUUGACAAUGUCGCUUAUGCUAUUUUCGUGUGCCAGUGGUAAACAUCAAAUGUGGUUAAUGUAACCUUUUUAUCUACCUCUUUUUUUUUUAAUCAUAAGUGUAUGUAGGUUCCAUUGAUCUGAUUAGAUAACAUAGUCUAGAUGUGUAUGAAAUAUCUGCUGAAAUCUGUUGUAUUUUAAGAUAGUUUCACAUUUACAGCCAAAACAAUGUUCAUAGUUAGUUAUGCAUAAAUAUUUUUUUAUCAUAAAAUUAUGUCACGACAUUGCUUGGAGUCAUGUUUGUUAGAGUUAUUUAAUGGUAUUAAAACAAAUCACAUUUUUUUUAAUAACUGGUUUUUAUAUUGUAAAUCUAAAUAAAGUCUAUCUCUCAAAGAUAAAUGUGAAUACUUCUGUAUAUAACCUUGAUACAAAAUAACAAAAAAAAAUAGUGGCUUUAAAUACACUUGACUCUUUCCGGCACGCUUAGAUGAGACAGCUUGGUGGAAGUUAAAUAAAACAUUAAGUAACAAAAUCAAAUACUACAAUUUUAAGCAAAUUUAUGCUUAGAUUUUCCAAUGUUAUGAAUGCAUUGCUUAGUCCAGAGGCUCCACAAUGCUCUGUAAGUGUGAAACCACCUUUAGAUCUAGUAUUCUAGUGCGUAAUUAAAGUACCUAAUGUAUUUUGCCAAUCAUCACUGUCUGGUUAGACAAUCUGCCAUUUUUUACGUACCCUUAGAUUUUAAUAAGUGUAAUAAAUCUAUGUGUAAUGGGGAA